CUACGGUAUAUGUUUAAAUUUGAAACUGUAGUCAGCCCAACCUUACAGCAACGAUACCGGCAGCGUCGCUGCUCAGCUCCGUUCUCCGUGUAUUUUUCUCCUGGCAGCCUGAGUUGUGGUGCAUCCUAUACGCUUAAUACGGUACUAGUAAGGAGUAGCAUCUACGUAGAAACGGGCCCGGAGCCCAGAAAUGGAACGGGUCGCUGACGUCCCAGCACACGGCGCUCGGCAGUCCAAUCGGGACCCUUCUGACUUUGCUCUUACCAAUAAGAAUCUUGUUUGUUGCUACGUGUGCCGCCUAAUCAAGUCGCGCAACCAGGUUCCGCCCCACCGAGUCAUGGCGUUCCUCAACGACCUCUUCACCAUUUUUGACCAGCUGGUGGAGAAGCAUCAAGUUUACAAGGUCGAGACCAUCGGAGUCAACGUUGCCAGUCGAAUGGAGUCCACGGGUGUACCUGGUGCCGUACACAUUUCUGCGGCCACGCGGGCCUUAUUAGGCGCGGCGGCCGACGGGUUUCUUUCCACGGGGGGAAUUCCCGUCAAGGGCAAGGGGUUCAUGCUCACGUACGUGUACGACCCGUGCGGCGUCGCUCCGCAGCGCUCUCAAACAGUCUCCCGAACUGGAUCAGCCGUGCCGGGUAUUGGUAGGGAAGGUCCCCAGGUCCCCGGGGGAGAAGCAUCUAGCGGUACACCGACAGAGGCGCCGCCUCCGUUGCCGCAAUAG